AUGUUGAAAAGAAAUAAAGCAAAUGUUGUAAAUAAUACUGAAGUAGCUGAAGUUAAACAAACUCCAACGCCUUCAAUGACUCCUGAACCUAUGGAAGUACAAACUCCUGUUCAAAAGUCAACUCCUAAACCGACUCCAACAUUUAAACCAGAACCUACUCCUCAAAUAAAUCGUAAAACUCCUGCGUUUCCUUACUGA